AUGGAUUCCCAAUUUCAGUGGCUGACAGCUCUUCAUAUAUUGACUUUUCAACGUAUACCACAUCUGAUUACAGGUCAGUUUGUAAGCUCUCUUCCUUACACUACAGUCACUGGAGUCAUUGGAGAAGAGAUCGUUCUGCCUUGCCGCGUGGUAGCAGAGCACGUUCCUGAGAUAUUUUCUGUCCAGUGGAUAUUUCACGAACAAUCUGAAAAAAUAACUGUGAGCAGAUAUGACGGAAAAAGCAAAAAAGAGAUACAAGAUGAGAGAUACCAAGGAAGAACAUAUUUUUUCCACAGUGAGUUCAGAGCUGGAAACAUGUCUCUGCACUUGAAGGACAUCAAGAACUCCGACAAAGGGUCGUAUACUUGUCUGGUCUCCUUUGAUAACCACCAGCAUGAUGAGCUCAUUGAACUCGAGGUGGCAGCUAGAGGCAUUGUGCCUUCCAUUUUCCUGAAGAAUUACAUGAAGGAGAGCAUCAGCCUCAGCUGCCACACAGAAGGGUGGUUUCCUGAACCCAGGGUGAUUUGGUUGGACAGUCAAGAACAGAUCCGAAGGGAACCAUCCACCACGAAGAUAAUGAUGAUGCCUGCAGGCCUGUACAGUGUGGUAACGUCAAUGAACCUGGAGCCCGGAUCUGAUAUGGAAGUCUCCUGCAGGAUAGUCAACCGUCUCCUCAACACGACGAGCGAGUCCCGAGUCCUGAUUUCAGAUGUUUUCUUUCCGUCCAUUUCCAAAUGGCUAGUUUUCUUCCUGGUAAUGUUAUGUCUUAGCCUGGUCCUUAUUUUUUCUACAUUUUGUAAGCUGAAAAUAAAAAUGAAGACAGCGAUGGAAGAAGAAAAAGGACAACUGAAGUCGGUUUUAGACUUCUGGGAAGCGCAGAGCCAUGCAGUCCCCAUCACCGUGGAUGCAGCCGGCGGAGACCUGGAGCUGCAGGUGCCUCCAGCGCCGGGCACGAGGAGCAGCGACCCCUCCGGAGCGGCCGACGCGCGCGCUCCCUCCGCUGUCCCCAUCGCGCUGGCGCGGGACGGCUUCGCGGCGGGCAAGCGCUACUGGGAGGUGGAGGUGGCGCGGCGGCCGGACUGGGUGCUGGGGGUGGUGCGGGGCGGGCGCGAGCGGGGCGCCGUGCUGCCCGCGGGCGACUCCUGGGCUCUGCACAGCUCCCGCGGAGCGCUCUUCUGCGGCCGCGGAGACGCCGCCGUGGAGCCGCCGCCGCCGUCCUGCUCCGUGGUGGGCGUGCUGCUGGACCUGGAGGAGAGGCGCGUGAAGUUCUACGAGGCCGUGCACAUGGUCCUCCUGGCCACCAUCCCCGUUGGAGAGGGGGACGCGCACACGUUCUACCCGUUUGUGCCCAAAAGCGAAGGGUCGCUCGCUCCGCUCGUCUUCCGCCCGGUCAGGAUUCCUUCUGCUUUGGAAAAUCUGUGA